GCUCUUGUUUAAAUAGUUAAUGAAUUGAGGUUGAUGAGAAUUGUCUUUUAACUCUUUGGUUAAAUGCAAGUGGCAUUUUGAAUCAUAUCCAUUCUCUGAAUUUUUUUUCCUUUCUUUAUUGGCCCCCAACAGUGUUUGUACGAGUACAAAUUUCUGAUUUUUUAUCCAUUUUCAUACAUCGUCUACACUCAAUGCUCCUCUGAAGCUCUCUCGUUUACUUCACUUUGUGAGCAAUGGAUGCUGCUAAUCUCGUAAUUGGUGAUGAGAUGGGCUACCAAAAUGAACUCCCAAACACUGGUGAUGAUGGUGUAAUCAUGGGGCUAAAUAAAGCUUAUGAUAUUAUUACACAAAAUGAAGGGCCCGUUGAGAUCACUAAAACAAUUGAGCUGGCUGCAGAGAGUACAAUUGUUGACAGUUCAGCUGAGAAAGAUGGAGAAGGAUUAACCCUCCUUGACGAAUUCAGUGGUUUGACCUUAUCUAAGGAAUUGGGAGUUGAAGAGAAAAAUAAUAUUAUCAACUCCAAGAAAAGUCAAGCUAAGGGGACAACUGAGAAGGGUUCUCACCCUAAGAAUGUAACAAGUAUAGCAAAGAAGAAUAAAGGUGAAAAAAUUGGUUCAGUCACCUCAAAGCAGCCUCUUGCCAUUGCAACUAACCGGAGGUUAUCUAGUGACAGGCAGAUCUCUGGAAGCAUCAAGGGUGUUGAUUCUGGCAGGGCAACAAAGCUGGUCCCUGCAUCUAGUCCUGCUCAUCUUUCCCAGCAAACCAAACUGUCUUACACAGCAUCACCUGCCUCAAAUACAACAGUGAAAGUGGGCCUAAGAAGCCUUGAAUCAGGAGGUACUAAACCUCAAAGAACAGGUGGCCUGCCUUCAUAUGGCUUCAGUUUUAAGUGUGAUGAGAGAGCUGAGAAACGUAAAGAGUUCUAUGCGAAGCUUGAGGAAAAGAUCCAAGCAAUGGAAGAGGAGAAAACUACUAUGCAGGCAAAAUCCCAGGAGAAUCAAGAGGCAGAAAUUAAAAUGCUUCGGAAGAGCUUGAUGUUUAAAGCAACCCCUAUGCCUAGCUUCUAUCAUGAACCGCCUCCACCCAAGGUGGAGUUGAAGAAGAUACCAACAACAAGAGCUAAAUCUCCCAAGCUUGGCCGCUCCAAAGGAUCAUAUAAAGACUCUGAUGGAAACAGUAGCCAUGGCUCUCAAUCGGGUAGGUUAAGUCUGGAUGAGAAAAUUACUCGAAACCGGGUUGCCAAAGGAUCAUCCCCCCAACACUACAAAAAACCAGUUAGAAAGUCUCUUCCCAAACUUCCCUCUGAGAAGAUUACAUUGGGUGAUGCAACAGAAAAUUCUACAUCAAAUUCAGAGCAACCUAACUUGGAGGCAGAAGCAGAGCAAAGUCAGAGUGGCAUAAAUGAAGAGGUUGUAGGCAGCUUGGAGAAGGCAGAGAGUGAAUCCGAUGCUGCGAAGCACUCAACAGAGGAGCAGUGAGUACAACUGUACAAGUGAACAUUAGAAGAUGUGUAUUUGGUGAGCCCUUAUUGGGGUUGGUUCAGAUUAAAUCAUGAAACUAGAAAGAAUGUGUUGUAUUGGGUGGUAAUGUUACGUUGUUCAUACUUAAUAGUCGGUGGGUGCUGCGCGAUUCUAGUUUUUGUGACUGCUUGUGUGUAGAUUAUGGAUUGCUGUG